CGAGUUUAGCGAAAAGAGGUAGCGAUUGGGUAUAAAAACAUUGGCCAUCUGCUGCGUGCCGCACCUAUCUCGGUCCAUCUGCUAUUGUUUGCGGGUCAAAGUUUCAUCAGCCAGCUACGUGUCCCCCGGACGAUCUCUGAUUCGUUUCCCCGUCUCGCAGAAGCACCGGGCACUAAGUCCCAAUAAGUUUUAGUAAGGCUUACCGGUGCUGUUAUUUAUAGACCGUGCAUCCCGCAUCCUGGUCGCGCCAGUAUCCUGCAUAUCCGGCAAUCCGUAGCUCGUUCCGUUCCGAGUGAAAAUGACGCUCGUCUGGGGAAUCAUUGCGUCGUGUCUGUACGUGGAGAUAUUCAUCGUCCUGUUGCUGGUGCUACCGAUCCGAAGCCCACAGCAAUGGCACCGAUUCUUCAAAUCCCGCUUCCUGGCAAUGAUCAGCCGACAGGCCCAGACGUACUUCUAUCUGCUGCUGUUCGUCCUGGUCCUGUUUCUGCUCGAGGCAAUCCGUGAGAUGCGCAAAUACUCCACAAACGGUAAGGGCAGCGUCAACGAGACGACGACCUUGUGCAUGCAGUGGCCUAAGUUUUUGCGUUCUUCCUCCCCCUUUCCAGAUCAUACCCACACGGAAACGCAUCUGAACGUCGAAAUGCAGCACAGCAUGCGGUUGUUCCGGGCGCAGCGUAACUUCUACAUCUCCGGCUUUGCCAUAUUCCUGUCGCUCGUCAUUCGUCGCUUGGUAUCUCUUAUCAGUGGACAGGCGGUACUGCUUGCUCAGGCGGAAGCUUCGAUGAAGCAGGCUCAGAGCGCCACCAGUGCAGCUCGUACCUUGAUGAGCCAGCAGAAGACGGACGACAAACAGCCGGAAGCGAAGGCCAAGCCUGCUGGGGAUGAUGUACAAGUCGACGAGCUCAAGAAGAAGAUUGCCGAUCUGGAGCAAGAACUGACUAAGGAACGGAAAGAUAAGGAAGCGAUGAAAUCACAAUCGGAGAGCCUCAACCGGGAGUACGAUCGGCUGACGGAGGAGUACAGCAAGCUGCAGAGAAAAAUUACUAUUUCCAGUUCGGAUAAGAGCGAUUAAUUAGUGUCCAUCUCGAAGUCGAACUUGUAAAAGUCCUGUUUUGUUCGAUAUUCUUAUCGUUUUUUUUUUCAUUCUGUACGUAAAUUCAUUUUCAUUUGACUUUUGGAUCUUCAUGGCUUUGUUUUUCUCUAUUUUCCCUUUUUUUCAAUCUAAUGUUCUGAAGAUACCCUUCUUUCACCUGGGCAUGUGGGUCCAUGGAUUGAUUAUUCAACUUUCAUGUUAGGCAUUAACCGUAAUUGCAUUAAAUACACAGAAGAAAUAUGACAGAGAAAAACGUUGGGUGAUACUUUUGGGAUAUUAAUACACCGGGAAAACUACAGCCAGUGGGGUGCGCAAGGUGUGAGUUACAUAUUUUCGACGACAACUAUCAGCGAACCUUGAUGGAACACAAGCUUUUUCACGGUGUACCUUUUCGGUGUUCUAAUAAAUGUAUACUGACAUCACAAGA